UUUACCUGAAGACAAAGCAUUCUGUUCAUCAGAGACUGGACAAGAGUUACUCUUGCUUUUGGCAAUUAAAGAUGAUGUUGUCAUGGAAACACUUGAUCCUGCUUUCAUUCAUUGGCUGCCUAGGAGGUGAGCUUCUCUUACAAGGUCCAGUGUUCAUCAGAGAGCCCAGCAACAGCAUUUUCCCUGUUGGUUCAGAGGAUAAAAAAAUAACUUUAAAUUGUGAAGCAAGAGGCAACCCUUCACCUCAUUACAGAUGGCAGCUGAAUGGAAGUGAUAUUAAUCCGAGUAUGGAAUAUCGCUAUAAGUUGAACGGAGGAAAUCUUGUCGUUAUUAACCCAAACAGAAACUGGGAUACGGGAAGUUACCAGUGUUUUGCGACAAAUUCACUUGGGACAAUUGUCAGCAGAGAAGCUAAACUCCAAUUUGCAUAUCUUGAAAAUUUUAAAACCAAAAUGAGAAGUACAGUGUCUGUGCGUGAAGGCCAGGGAGUCGUCCUGCUCUGUGGCCCGCCGCCACACUCCGGAGAACUAUCAUAUGCUUGGAUCUUCAAUGAAUAUCCAUCAUUUGUUGAAGAAGAUAGUCGGAGAUUUGUCUCUCAAGAAACAGGCCACCUGUAUAUUGCCAAGGUCGAACCAUCGGAUGUGGGUAAUUACACGUGUGUGGUGACCAGUACGGUGACGAACACCAGAGUGCUGGGCUCCCCAACUCCUUUGGUGCUACGUUCUGACGGUGUGAUGGGUGAAUACGAACCAAAAAUAGAAGUGCAGUUUCCAGAAACUCUUCCAGUGGCUAAAGGUGCAACUGUGAAAUUGGAAUGUUUUGCUCUUGGAAAUCCUGUACCUCAGAUUAAUUGGAGGAGAAGUGAUGGACUGCCCUUUUCCAGUAAAAUUAAACUGAGGAAAUUCAAUGGUGUGCUUGAAAUCCCCAACUUCCAACAGGAAGAUACCGGUUCCUAUGAAUGCGUUGCUGAGAAUUCACGAGGAAGAAAUGUCGCCAGAGGGCGUCUCACUUACUAUGCAAAGCCUCAUUGGGUUCAGCUCAUAAGAGAUGUAGAAAUAGCAGUGGAGGACAAUCUUUUUUGGGAAUGCCGGGCAAGUGGUAAGCCCAAACCUUCCUACCGAUGGUUGAAAAAUGGAGAAGCCCUUGUGCUCGAGGAGAGAAUACAGAUAGAAAAUGGUGCCCUUACAAUAUCAAACCUAAAUGUGACCGAUUCUGGCAUGUUCCAGUGCAUAGCAGAAAACAAACAUGGGCUCAUCUAUUCCAGUGCUGAACUUAAGGUUAUAGCUUCUGCUCCCGAUUUUUCAAAGACUCCAAUGAAAAAGUUGCUUCAAGUGCAAGUGGGCAGCAUGGUCAGCUUGGAUUGUAAACCUAGAGCCUCUCCCAAAGCACUCCGUUCAUGGAAGAGAGGAGAUGUGAUCGUGCAGGAGAAUGAAAGAAUUUCUUUUUUAAAAGACGGAGGACUUCAAAUAGUCAAUGUGACUAAAGCUGACGUUGGAACUUACACCUGCAUAGCAGAAAACCAGUUUGGGAAAGCAAAUGGCACAACGCGCUUGGUUGUUACUGAACCAACGAGAAUAACUUUGGCACCAUCCAACAUGGAUGUCUCUGUUGGCGAAAGUGUCAUUUUGCCCUGCCAAGUGCAACAUGAUCCCUUGCUAGACAUCAUGUUUACCUGGUAUUUCAAUGGAACCCUCACAGAUUUUAAGAAAGAUGGAUCUCACUUUGAGAAAGUUGGUGGGAGUUCAUCUGGAGAUUUAAUGAUCAGAAACAUUCAGCUGAAACACAGUGGAAAAUACGUGUGUAUGGUGCAGACGGGGGUGGACAGUGUUUCAUCUGCCGCCGACCUCAUAGUAAGAGGUUCACCUGGACCACCAGAAAAUGUGAAGGUAGAUGAAAUUACAGAUACGACAGCCCAACUCUCUUGGAAAGAAGGUACAGAUAACCAUAGCCCAGUUAUAUCCUAUUCUGUCCAGGCGAGGACCCCUUUCUCCGUGGGUUGGCAAACUGCCACAACAGUGCCUGAAAUCAUUGAUGGGAAAACACACACAGCUACUGUAGUCGAGUUAAAUCCAUGGGUGGAAUAUGAAUUUCGGGUUGUAGCCAGCAACAAAAUUGGAGGUGGAGAACCCAGUUUACCCUCAGAAAAAGUAAGAACUGAAGAGGCAGUUCCAGAAGUGCCUCCUUCAGAAGUCAGUGGAGGAGGUGGGAGCCGGUCUGAGCUGGUGAUAACCUGGGAUCCAGUCCCCGAAGAACUGCAGAAUGGUGAAGGUUUUGGUUAUGUUGUUGCUUUCCGUCCCCUUGGAGUUACCAACUGGAUCCAGACAGUGGUUACAUCUCCUGAUACCCCAAGAUAUGUCUUUAGGAAUGAAAGCAUCGUGCCAUUUUCACUGUAUGAAGUUAAAGUGGGUGUUUAUAAUAACAAAGGCGAAGGACCAUUUAGCCCGGUGACAACAGUGUUCUCUGCAGAAGAAGAGCCUACAAUAGCUCCAUCUCAAGUGUCUGCAAAUAGCCUGUCUUCCUCAGAAAUUGAAGUGUCAUGGAACACCAUUCCUUGGAAGUUAAGCAAUGGACAUUUACUUGGCUAUGAGGUGCGGUACUGGAAUAAGGGAGAAGAGGAAUCGUCGAGCAAAGUGAAAGUGGCGGGAAAUGAGACAUCAGCCAGACUCCGUGGCUUGAAGAGUAAUGUGGCAUAUUACACAGCUGUCCGGGCUUACAACAGUGCUGGUGCUGGUCCCUUUAGCACCACGGUGAAUGCAACCACAAAGAAAACUCCUCCCAGUCAGCCACCAGGAAAUGUUGUUUGGAAUGCUACAGACACGAAAGUGUUACUUAAUUGGGAACAAGUUAAAGCAAUGGAGAAUGAAUCAGAAGUAACGGGAUAUAAAGUUUUCUAUAGGACUAGCAGUCAAAACAGUGUACAAGUGCUGAACACAAAUAAGACUUCAGCAGAACUUUUGUUGCCCAUUAAAGAGGACUACAUUAUUGAAGUCAAGGCCACAACAGAUGGAGGAGAUGGAACCAGUAGCGAACAGAUCAGGAUCCCAAGAAUAACCAAUAUGGACGCAAGAGGUUCUACUUCAGCCAUCUCUCAUGUCCACGCUGUGUCCAGUUACGUACCUGUAGUAUUGUUCUUCAUUGUAAAUGCCCUGUGGCGGUACUAACUUUUUUUUUUAAUUGUUUACUAGAAAGUUAAUUGGUUACAAAAAAAGUGCUUUCAUGAAAUGCAGUGAUUAUGCAUGUUUUUUUUUCAACUCUGUAUUUUUAACUUUCUAUAGGUAAAAUAUGAAUAUAAUAAAAAAAAAACCAGUAAAUCCUUUUAGGGGAAUCUGAAAUGCCUUAAUAUUUACUUGAUACACCAAAGGAAUUUACAUAUUAAUUACAUUAGACUUUUGAUAAAGAUAUUCGUAAGCUAUGAUUUUGAGCACUGCCUUUCGAUAGACUCACAUGCUCUCAUGUGUAUACACACACAUAUGCCCACACACGUUUGUUGUUUGUUUGUUUGUUUGUUUAAUGUGGAAAAACUCAUUUAAUCCAAAUGUUAUUUCCCCGUUAUAACAGCAUUGGUUGGAAGACUUGAUCAGUACUAUUCUGAAAUGCUCAUUUGAAAUACUCAAGAGUGAAAAUACAUUUUAAAAAUUACCUUGCUUGGAAGAGGGUGCAUGUGACUCACAAGAAUGUUGAAAAAUGCUACACCAGAGGUGGAAACGGUGCUGUUUUGUUUACGUCUAACAAAGUUGUGAGAUUCUUGCUCUCUCUAGUUCUCAAUUUUUCAUCUAUAAAAUAUGGAAAUAAUGCCCAGUGUACCUGCCUGUGCCCCAUAAAUUAUUUGUUAAGAGAUACAGAAGGACAUGUGAAAGUGUUUUUGCUACCCCUCAUAUUUUGGGUCUGUGCAAAAUAUUAAUAGGAAUUUACCUAACUAUAUAAAAGAAGAACCAGCUGCUUCUUUAAGUUUGCAUUCCGUUAUGGGUAACGCUUUCUUUUUUUGUUCACUGAUAUUUUAAAAUUGAAAUGUUCACAU